UGGUAGUGGUAGUGAUAGUCAUGAAGUCACCCGUUCCAGCAUUCCACCACUCACUAAACCAACCAUGUAACUAAUCUACAUGCAUUCCCCCCUCCUUCCCCUCUUUUUCGAAUCUGCUGCUUCCGGCGUGUUCCUCCCAUACACUACCACUGCAACUAGUACUUUCUGUUCUUGUUAUAUCUCAUCAAGCAUAUAUAACAUCCACCAUCUACCCACUAUCCAUCCACAUCAACCUCCUCACACAUCAUAAAAACCCUACAUUAAUAUAACAAUAAAGGGCUGCUAAUACGGGGAAAAGAGAUAUGUCCACCCAAACCAGCACCAUGACGACCCUAACCGCCCAAAUGGACACGACCAACCGACCCGACGAAUGGAAGAUCGAGCAAGGCAUGGCAGGUCACAAACUGCCUAUUCUCGAUCAAUCCGGCCUGGACACCGUGCACAUCUACCCGCCGAAGCCGACGCAGCGGUAUAAAGAUGAGGAGGCGGUGGAGGCAGUCGGGGAUCGGAAUGAGUUGUUUAAGAGGGAGAAGGAGGGGUGGAAGGGAUACGUGGAAUGGGAAAACUACCCCGACAAAAAAGCCAAAGCGCACCGCAUCCUCACCUCCCAGACCUUCGACCCCUGUCCGGAUUACAUGUUCGGUCCUAUCCCCGACACCAACCCCGUCCUGACCGGCGAGGACUUCAAGCAAUGGCACGCCGCGCUAGGCGGGGAACUUGCCUCCGUGGCGGAUGAUAGCUGGCGCACUGUGCUCCGGGAGAAACAUCCGGAUAUGUUGCAUCUGCUCCAGUUCCCGUAUAACGGGGAGCCGCCGAAGCGGCUGGUGACGUCUAAAGUGGUCACGCCGAAUCCGCUGCACUUUGUGCGCAAUCACGGAGGCAUUCCCCUGAUUGAGAAGGAUAAGUGGAGUCUCCAGCUGGAUGGACUGGUCAAGCAUCCGAAGAACUAUACGUUGGAGGAUCUGCAGGAUGAGACGCGGUUCCCGCGGAUGGAGAAACUCGUGACGAUGCAGUGUUCGGGGACGCGGCGGAUCGAGCAGAUCGCGUUGUAUGGGGGCCAGGGCGAUGAAGUGCCGCAGGCGCCGUGGGCGGAAGGGGCGAUUGGAACGGCGCGGUACGUGGGAAUCAGUUUGAAGAAGGUGAUUAAGGAUUGUGGGGGGUUGAUUGCGCCCGCGAAGCAUCUGGAGUUGUAUGGUGCGGAGACGUAUAUCAAGGAUCUGGAGGCGAUGAAUUACGUGGUGAGUGUGCCGUGGUCGAAGGUCAAGGCGAACGAGGUGAUUCUUGCGUGGGAGAUGAAUGGGGAGCCAUUGCCCAAGAUCCAUGGUUAUCCGUUACGGGUCGUGGUGUUGGGGUAUAUCGGAGCGCGCAGCGUCAAGUGGCUGUACCGGAUCAAGGCGAUUGAGAACCCAUCCCGAGCUCCUGUGCAGAGCAGGGAAUAUCUCUACUUCAACCAGCAGGUUGGGAAAUAUAACCAGCUUCCCACGGAUGGGAUCCAGAUCCAGGAAAUGCCGGUCAGUUCGGCGAUCAUGUCACCCUGGACGAAGCAGGUGAUUAUUCAUGAAGGGAAGAUCCGGUGCAAGGGAUGGGCGUAUUCCGGGGGUGGACGGUGGCCGGAGCGGGUGGAGUUGUCAGCGGAUGGAGGGUUCAGUUGGUAUGCGGUGCCGCAGGAGAAGUUGUCGAAGAAGGGGAGGUGGACGUGGCGGACAUGGGAGAUGGAGUUGCCGUGUGAUGUUGAGGGUUGGAUUGAGAUUGUCUGUCGGUGUUGGGAUAAUUCGUUGAAUACCCAGCCGUUGAAUGUGCGGGCCGCGUGGAAUUGGGGUCUGCAUGUGACGUCCUCGGCGCAUCGCAUUAGUGUGUAUAGUGUCAACAAGAGGCAUGAGACCACGAGGAAGAAGAUCGAGAAGAUGGAGCAUUUGGGCAUUCCUCUUGCCCCGUUGACGUUUUAUCAGCCCGUGCCGGGGCAGACACAGGAUGAGUAUGAGGAGUUUUGGAAGACACAUGAUCCCAGGGAUGCGGAUGAUUAGAUCUGGUGAAUUGGUCAGAUUGAUUAAUAGUGAGCGAGUAAUAAUGCUGUUUUGUCUGCAAUAUCAACAAAAUUUGGCCAGAGUUUUUAUUCAUGCUGAGGGUCUGUGAUGAAGUUAGGUGAAUAGUAGUCCAAUUCCAUAAGACAAUGCUCUUCACAUU